AUGUUGAAAGAUCCAAACAUCCUAGCAAAGCUCAAAAGGUAUAAUGAUGUAUGCACAGAAAUAGACAUCCAUGCAAAAACACUGGGUUCCUUGAUGAAUAAACUGAAUUUAGAUGUGAUUGAUGAGUUCAAGCCGUAUAUUGAGCCAAAGAAAGGCAUUGACAGACUGUUGAUGUUCUACAAAAUGUUCAUGGGGUCGAAGACCAUAAUCAAUCGAGAGAAAAGCAGCCUUGAGGAGCAGUUUGGGGGAAUGAGCAAUGCCUCAUUUACAUGCAAACUUGAGGCGCUCAGAGAAAAUGAUGUGAUAGGAUCAAUACAAAGGCUGAUGGAUGUGCGCCAAAGCCUGGUGGAGUAUAAUGGGAUAAGGGUGGUGGACACGGAAGUGGUGGGUUUGGAUGAGUUGAUCAAGAAGGCAAUCGGCAUAGUUGAGGAGUCUUUUUUUGUUUCUCUUGCAAAUAUUCCGAAGCUGGAGCCUGAUACACAAGAGUUUGCGGUGUUCCUUCUUGCAAAUGUCGAUAGAAAGCGGAUUGUGAGCAGGUAUACGGACAUGAUGUAUUCGAAGUUUGGCUUUGAUGGCGUUGGAUCGGACAACAAUAUGCUGUUGGAACGAACAAGCAAGUUGAGCCAUACAUUACUAGAGAUUGCAGACAUCAACGACAGUGUGAUUGGCAAGGAGUAUCCGGAGGUAACAAUUGGAUUGCAAAAGAUGCUUGUGAUUGGGCUGAGAAGAGAAAUCACGGACAACCUGAUGAGGAUGGAGAAGGAAGAGGGGAUAGGCAGCAUUCCGUUUCUUGUGGAGCUGAAUUCUAAGCUCAGGCAUUCUGGAAACAGAAGGACUCGAGCGAUGGAGGAGCUUUUUGUGUUCAAGGACAGGAUAAACCAAGUUAUCUGCAAUUGCAUGUCCAGAUACUUUGAAGACUUGGAUAUGCUAAUGAAUGCAAACAGCAAAUGCGAUGUAGAAAGCCUGUGUGUGGAUAUGAGAAGCAUCUUGGAUUCAUUCUAUGACCGCAAGGACAUAUUGGAUGUGUUUGUGAAAACAUAUGGAUUGAGUUUCGGGCUCAAAGAGCCACAAGACAUGUUCCAGGUAUUCAGCGGAAGAUCGAUCGAGAAAGUGCUACGUCUUGCAGAGACACUGAAAGGAAUAUCAAAGAGUGUGUAUGUGCUGAACAAUGCACAUGUGUUUGAUGGGUACCUGAAGCAUGUUGACGGCAUUUCAAUCGAAAAGAUAGUCAGCAUCAACAUUGACGACAUUGUGAAUGUGUGGAGGCAUGAAAUUGAAAAAAGAAGCGAGGAAGAUAUAACGGUGUUUCUUGAUAAAAACAUCGAGAGCCAAAACAGGCACUUCUUACCUGAAAUAUACCGGACAAAGAUUGUGGAACAAAUCGAUAUGGCAGUCAAAGAGGCACUGAGCACAAAGAAAUACAUAGGAAGCACCACAAAGCUAUAUCAUCAAAUCAAGAAGCUGUAUUCACAAUCUCAUACAUAA